UUCUUUUGUUUCAUUCUCUAUCUUCUUUGCAUCACCAAUAACUUACAUAGAAAUGGAAUGGAUUUCAUGCAUAAUUUUCAUGGUAAUGACACUAGGUUUGAUAUGUGCUUGGAGCGUGUUGAAUUUGUUGUGGCUUAGGCCAAAGAAGCUAGAGAAGCUGUUAAGAGAACAAGGUCUUCAUGGUAAUUCAUAUAGGUUUUUGGUUGGGGAUGUUAAGGAUCUUAAUAAGAUGGAAAAGGAAGCUAAAUCCAAACCCAUGAAUCUCUCCGAUGAUAUUAUUCCACGUGUCAGCCCCUACCUCCAAAAGAGUCUUAAAAUUCAUGGGAAGAAUUCUUUUAUUUGGUUUGGAACAAAACCAAGGGUGAUACUCACAGAGCCAGAGAAAAUAAGAGAUGUUUUGAACAAGAUCAGUGAAUUUCCAAGGACUAAUUAUAAAAUUUCCAAGUUACUUAUUAGUGGUCUUGCUAUUCAUCAGGGAGAAAAGUGGAGCAAGCAUAGAAGAAUUAUCAGCCCUGCUUUCCAUUUAGAAAAAUUAAAGAUUAUGACGCCAUCUUUCUUCAUAAGUUGCAAUGAUUUGAUUAGUAAAUGGGAAGAAAUGAUAUCUUCAGAUGGGUCAUGUGAAAUAGACAUAUGUCCUUCACUUCAAAAUUUAACAAGUGAUGCUAUUUCUCGAACAGUAUUUGGAAGUAGUUAUGAAGAAGGAAAAAGAAUAUUUCAACUUCAAAAAGAGCUAGGUGAACUAUUAAUGGAAGUUGUAACAAAAUCUUUCAUUCCAUUAUGGAUGUUUGUACCUACUACUUUCCAUAGAAAGAUGAAUGAAAUUGACAAAGAUAUAAGAUCUUUGUUGAAAGAUAUAAUUAACAAGAGAGAGAAAGCACUAAAGACAGAUGAAUAUAUUAUGAAUGACUUAUUGAGUAUUCUUCUUGAAUCAAAUCACAAGGAAAUUGAGGAAAAUGCAAACAACAAGUAUAUGGGAAUGACUCUUGAAGAUGUAGUCGAUGAAUGCAAAUUGUUCUACUUUGCAGGACAAGAGACUACUUCAGUUUUGCUUGUUUGGACAAUGUUUUUGUUGAGUAGAUACCCUGAUUGGCAACAACGUGCAAGGGAGGAGGUGUUACAAAUCUUUGGGAACAAAAAACCAGAUUUUGAUGCACUAAAUAAUUUGAAGAUUGUGACCAUGAUUUUGUAUGAGGUUCUUAGGUUAUAUCCUCCCGUACUCGGACUUUCUCGAAAUAUUGAGAAAGAUGUGAAAUUGGAAAAUCUAAUAUUACCCGCUGGAGUGGAAGUUUUCUUGCCAAUUCUCUUCCUUCACCAUGAUUGUGAACUUUGGGGUGAUGAUGCUAAGAUGUUCAAUCCUGAAAGAUUUUCUGAAGGAAUUUCUAAAGCAACAAAUUGUAGACAUUCAUUUUUUCCAUUUGGAGGGGGUCCUAGAAUUUGUAUUGGACAAAACUUUUCUUUAAUUGAAGCAAAGAUGGCAAUGACAAUGAUUUUGCAGCAUUUCUCCUUUGAACUUUCACCAACCUAUAUUCAUUCCCCAUCUUCUAUGGUUACUCUUCAGCCACAACAUGGUGUUCAAAUUAUUAUACGUAAACUGAAAACAUAAAUACUUAAUUAUUGUAAGGUGAUAAGGUGUGAAUUUUAUUAUACAUAGGCAAACUAUUGUAAUUAAAAACAUGAAUCUCAUAGAAGAAAUAAUGUUUUCUUUCA